AUGAUUAUGGUGCUAUCACCUACAGCCGUCAGAAUAGCAGCUGCAGCCCACCUGCCCAUUAAAAUGCAUUCUGAAGAUGAAACAAAGUCUUACAGAAAUGGAAAGGAUUAUAAUAUUGCUGUAUCAUAUCAGGAUUAUGGAUCAAUUAUGGCAAAUGAUAACAGUGGGAACAAGAAGAACCCCGAGAAACUGAGUAUGUUCAGCCCAUUUACAGUGUUUCAAUACUCCGACUGGCAGGAUAAACUCCUCAUGGUGCUAGGCACUACCAUGGCAAUACUCCAUGGAGCAGGUCUCCCCCUUAUGAUGAUCAUCUUUGGUGACAUGACUGAUAGCUUUAUUACUUCAGAAAAUAUUACUUAUGCAGCAAAUUUUUCUUUAUUGAAUCAUACGUCAGUGAAUUUUUCUAUAGAAAUUUUUUCUUGCGCUGUGAUGUCAAAGUUGAAGAAUGAGAUGCAACAAUAUGCAUAUUAUUAUUCUGGAAUAGGAGCUGGUGUUCUUUUUGCUGCCUAUAUUCAAGUUUCAUUUUGGAUGCUGGCUGCUGGCUGGCAAAUCAAAAGAAUCAGACAAGAAUUUUUUCAUGCUGUAAUGAGACAGGAGAUUGAGUGGUUUGAUGUAAAUGAUGUAGGCAAACUUAACACUAGACUUGUAGAUGACAUCUCCACGAUUAAUGAAGGAACAGGGGAAAAAAAGGCAAUGUUCUAUCAGGCAGUGGCUACCUUUUUCACUGGAUUUAUAGUUGGUUUCACAAAAGGCUGGAAAUUAACACUUGUGAUCCUGGCACUCAGUCCUGUUCUGGGAUCCUCAUCAGUGCUCUGGGCAAAGAUAAUUUCCGCAUUCACUAGCAAAGAGCUAGCUGCAUAUGCAAGAGCAGGAGCUGUUGCAGAGGAGGUUCUGGCAGCAAUUCAAACUGUGGUAGCAUUUGGAGGACAGAGAAAAGAAAUUGAAAGAUACCAAAAAAAAUUAGAAGAUGCCAGAUGGAUUGGUAUCAAAAAGACUAUUUCAGCCAAUAUUUCUAUGAGUAUCGCUUUCUUUUUGCUAUAUGCAUCAUAUGCCUUGGCCUUCUGGUAUGGAACCACUUUGAUACUCUCCAAUGAUUAUACAAUCGCAAAAGUCUUUACAGUCUUCUUUUCUAUAUUACUCGGAGCUUUUAGUGUUGGACAGACUGCACCAAGUACGGAGGCAUUUGCCAAUGCAAGAGGAGCUGCCUAUGCAAUCUUUAGUAUUAUAGGCAAUGAACCUCAAAUUGACAGUUCAUCCAAUGCUGGUUAUAAACUGAAGCAUGUUAAGGGGAAUUUGGAAUCCCAAAAUGUUUACUUCGAUUAUCCUGCUAGGCCAGAUACUAAGGUAUUACGCAUGGAGUUGCUUAGAAGGGAUUCUCAUAAACAGAGGAAGUUGUUUAAAGAGCUGCAAGAAAGAGAGACCCUAAAAAGUCUAAGAGGGGAAAUAUCAUAUGUACCUGACAAUGCUAAUGUGGGGCCAUCGUUAUGCUCUUUCCGGGUCAGGAAAGGACACACUACGCUUGUUAUUGCUCAUCGUUUGUCAAAGGUUCAAAAUGCGGAUCUUAUAGCUGCAUUUGAAAACGGUGUCAUCACAGAACAAGGGACUCAUAAUGAAUUAAGAGAACAGAAGGGGAUUUACUACAAGCUUGUUAAUAUUCAGGCAUCAGGAACUGAGAAUCAGUUACAGGCAGAAGGUAAUGCACCAGCUGUCUCGGAGGAGGCACGGAAGGGAUAAAUACUGACUGGACAGAAAAGACAAUCCACUCAGAAAAGCAUAAAAAGGUUCAGAAUACAGAAUGAUGAACCUGAUGUAAAAGCUGUUGAGCUUGAUAAAGGUGUACCUCCAGUUUCAUUUUUUAAAAUUAUGGAGUUGAAUAAAACUGAAUGGCCAUACUUUGUUAUUGGAACUUUAUGCGCAAUUAUCAAUGGGGCAUUGCAACCCAUAUUUUCAGUCAUCAUUUCAGACAUUAUAGGGAUGUUUGUAGAAAAAGGAGAGGCUGCCAUCAGGGAGACAAAUAGCAUGUAUGCACUGUUAUUCUUAGGUUUUGGACUAAUUUCUUUUGUCACUUUUUUCCUACAAGGUUUCACAUUUGGCAAAGCUGGAGAAAUCUUUACAACGAGGCUUCAGUCCAUGGCAUUUAGAGCAAUUCUGAGACAGGAGAUCAGCUGGUUUGAUGAUCCCAAUAGCACUGGGGCAUUAAUUACAAGCCUUGUUAAUGAUGCCUCACAAGUGAAAGGAGCUACAGGUUCCAGACUGGCACUAAUGGCCCAAAAUGCAGCUAAUCCUGGGACUGGGAUUGUUUUGUCAUUGAUCCAUGGCUGGCAGCUGACUCUUCUGCUUUUAGCCAUUGUGCCAAUUAUUGCUGUAACAGGAAUGAUUCAAAUGAAGAUGCUUGCUGGACAUGCAAAAAAAGAUAAGAAGGAACUGGAAAUCGCAGGAAAGGUUGCUUCAGAAGCCAUAGAAAAUAUUUGAACUGUUGUUACUUUGACUAAAGAAAGAAAAUUUGAGCUUAUGUAUGGACAAAGUUUGCAAGCAUCAUAUAGAAAUUCUGUAAAUAAGGCACAUAUCUUUGGAUUUACUUUUGCCUUCACACAAGCUAUUAUGUACUUUACUUACACUGGGUGUUUUAGGUUUAGUGCCUAUCUAGUGAGACAUGGACAUACGCGGUUUAAAGAUGUGCUUUUAGAUUUUUCAGCUGUUGCAUUUGGUGCAAUGGCAUUUGGACAAAGCACUUCUUUCACUCCAGACGAUGCCAAAGCCAAGAUGUCAGCUGCCUACUUGUUCAUGUUUGAAAGAGUACCCUCCAUAGAUAGCUACAGUGAGGAAGGAGAGAAGCCUAAAGUAUUUGGUGGAAACAUAACAUUCAGUGAUGUGGCAUUUAACUACCCAACCUGACCAGAGGCCAAAGUGCUCCGAGGUUUGAACAUGAAUGUAGAAGAAGGACAAACUCUGGCUCUUGUUGGUAGCAGUGGCUGUGGAAAAAGCGCUGUUGUUCAGCUGCUUGAGAGAUUUUGUGAUCCACUCAGCGGAGAAACAAUAAGUCUCCUGGAUGACCAAAAUGCAAAGACACUAAAUAUCCAGUGGCUGAGAGCUCAGAUUGGUAUCGUCUCACAAGAACCAAUCCUGUUUGACUGCACUAUUGCUGAAAAUAUCACAUAUGGGGAUAACAGCCGGGAGGUGUCACAUAAGGAGAUUGUCAGUGCAGCAAAAGAAGCCAAUAAUCAUGCCUUCAUUGAAUCACUACCAAAGAAAUACAGCACACGUGUGGGAUACAAAGGAACCCAGCUCUCUGGUGGUCAGAAGCAACACAUUGCUAUUGCCCGAGCUCUUGUACGGCAGCCCCAAAUCCUGCUGUUAGGUGAAGCUACCUCUGCACUGGAUACAGAAAGUGAAAAGAUUGUCCAGGAAGCGCUGGAUAAAGCCAGAGAAGGCACCUGCAUUGUGAUACCUCCCUGCCUCUCCACCAUCCAAAAUGCUGACAAGAUUGCCAUGGUCCAGAACAGCAAGGUGGUACAGCAAGGGACCCAUCAGCAGCUCCUGGCUGAAAAAGGCAUCUACUACUCUCUGGUCGACGUUCAAAGUGGGUCAUGCAAUGUGUGA